AUGUCGUCCGAAGUCCCAGUCGGGACUCUUCUCAUUACCGUCUUCAACUCUAUCGUUGAGGUCUUCAUACUAUGUGUGGCAGGCUACGUGCUCUCCCGCGCCGGAGUGACCGACAAGGCGACCCAGCGCAAGUUGAACAUCAUCAACGUAUCGCUCUUCACGCCUGCGCUGCUCUUCUCCAAGGUGGCAUACAGCUUGACACCGUCAAAGUUGAAGGAGAUGUGGAUCAUACCUCUUGGAUUUGUGAUUGUUACUGGUACAUCCGCCUUGGUUGCUUGGAUAUUGUCCAAAAUGUUCCGUCUGAAGAAGUCACAGACGGCAUUUGCCAUGUGCGCAGCUAUGUUCCAGAACAGCAACUCGCUCCCCAUCGCGCUCAUCCAGUCUUUGGUCGUCGAGGUCCCCGGACUCAAGUGGGGCAGGGACGACACCAAGGACCAGAUGCUCGGUCGCGCCCUUACCUACCUCGUCCUUUACUCGACCCUCGGCAUGAUGUUCCGGUGGUCUUGGGGCGUCAAGCUGCUCUCGCAGGCGGACGACGAGGCGGAAGAGAUCAAGGAGGUCCCCGUGCCUCAGCCCGGAGCCAGCACCAUCGCCGCCCCGAACCAGGUCCUCUCGCCAGAUGAGCUUCCCCAUCCCGGUGCACGCGAGACGGACCCGUUCUUCACUACCACCAAGGCGCUUUCGCAGGACGAGGAGGACGAGCAGCGGAACCCUACUCGGCACAUGUCUCGCGGGACUGGACGAUCCGCAUCCGAGGGCAACUCGUAUGACCUUCCAGCGCCCGUCUCGGCCACUUCCGCCCACAGCAUGCACCCCGUCCGGCGCGAGUCGUCAUUGAGCGAGGCCAGACUUCGUCGACCCACCAACAACAGCCGGACCAGGAGCCAAUCGCAGAGCAGUACCCACCGCAAGCCGUUAACCCGGAGCGAGAGCGGAAGGGAGUUCUGGGGGUUGCCGCAGUUCCCCAAGCGGGAUCGGAUUUUGUUGGAGGAGGACAGCAGCGAUGAGGAUAUCGAUGAGGAGGAUGAAGAGGAGGAUCCGGAAUGGGGAAACAACACUCCACUUUCGCUACGCCGCCGCAAGUCCGGAAGCGACACUACCUCGCGCAUCAAGGUGGUCGGCAAAAAGACCAAGACGUGGUUGAAAUCUGCCCUCGCUAGCGUAAACGCCUUCAUGACAGUCCCGAUGUACGCGGCGCUCUUGUCCAUCUUCAUCGCCAUGAUCCCACCUCUUCAGGCGGCCAUGGCGAAGCUCAAGCCCGUGGAGCAGGCCAUCCGAUCAGCCGGUUCUUGUUCCAUCCCCGUUACACUAGUCGUCCUCGGCGCCUUCUUCUACACGCCUCCUCCACACCCAUCUGCCACUGGCACCCUCCCCACCAUCCCCGAAGUUCAAGAAGGCUACCUCACCCGCCAGAUGCGCAAGCUCCGCCACUUCGAGCUCGGCAACCCCGAUUAUCCGGGAGAGAACCGCGCGGUCUUUGUGGCGGUCAUCAGCCGGAUGAUUAUCACUCCGUUGAUCCUCUUGCCUGGGGUGGCGCUGUUGGCGAAGUAUGACCUGUUUGAGGCGGCAGAGGACCCGGUGUUCGUUCUCGCGGCAGUGCUCUUGAUCUCUUCGCCUCCAGCUUUGACUCUUGCGCAGAUCACGCAAGCAGCCAGCGGAGAUGCGUUCGAGCGCUUAAUCUCCAAGACCAUCUCUUGGUCGUACGCUGUUCUCACCCCGCCCCUCACUCUUGUCUACGUUGUCAUCGGUCUUGUUUUCGGGCGAUUGUGA